AUGGUCUUUGCAUUUGUCCUUAGGCCAUCUGUGAGCUGUCUGGACCUAAUCAGUUCAUGGCUUUGAUGGAUCUGCUCUUAAGUAAAGCUUUGCAAAAACUGGGAAGUACUGCAUCAGAGCUCUUGAUUUUGGACCACUUCCAGGCCUGACAUCCAGAAACUCAUCCCUGUGGGUGAGGUUAUAAAGAGGCUGGAUGCAAAGGAGGAAGCAUGGUAAAGGCAGCACCUUUCCAGGAUCCAUGGGCUCUUUGAGAGAUGAUCAGAGGGAGGCCAGAUGAUCUGCACAACACGCACACCACUGUUUCUCGUCCACAAAGGCAGCAUCGGAGCGUUCUCCCCAGCCCCGCGCCGCCCAGCUUGCCCGAUCGUUUCCGGAUGUUUCGCAGCUGUGAGUGGGAGGUCCUGGAGCGAUCCCUCAAUAUCCUCCAGGCCAGCGACUUCUACUGGGGCCCCUUGUCCGUGAGGGAGGCUCACGCCAAGCUCCAGCAGGAGCCCGUUGGCACCUACUUGGUGCGGGACAGCUCGCAGGGGAACUGCUUGUUCAGCCUGAGCGUGCGGAUGCCAACGGGACCUGUCAGCCUCCGAAUCUCUUUCCAGGAGGGCUAUUUCCGCCUGAAGAACUGGUUUUCAGACUGCGUGGUCCGGCUGCUGGAGCUGGUGGUGGCGGGGACCCGGAACAACCCCUUGCACUUUGAUGAGAUGGGGGGAACCCCCCUGAUCUUCUCUGAGCCUUUAUGCCGGAGCCGCCGGGCAGUGCCCACGCUGCGAGAACUGUGCUGCCGGAGCCUGCCUGCUGGCACCGCGACAGGGGAUGGAGCGGGGCUGGGGGGCUCCUCGGGGAUGCGCCCGAGGGAGGAGGUGGUCUCACCCCUGGGCAGAAGAGGAGGGUCAGAGCGGAGCAUCAUCCCCAGCCCCUGUCCGUCCUGGGCUGGAAGAUGAUGCCGUGCGCGUGGGAGAUGAAGGGAGGUGCCUGUUAGGUGGCUGUGCUGGUGGGACACACGCCAUGCUGGUGGGGCUGGACUGGC